AUGAGAAAUAGGAUAACUUUGGCGAUAUGCUUCCUGGUACUCGGCGUCGUCAGCGCCACGCAAAUUCGCUGCUACUCUGGCCUGAAAUACGUCGUCGGACAGGACGUCUACCAGGACACAGGUCAGUCUCACGUCUUUUGAUUCAACUUCAGAAGACGUUCAGAAGACUGCGACUCGGUGCUCGGCAUCGGCGACGCCUACUGCUACAAGUUCAUGGAGGAGACGGCAGUUAAUGAAGUCGUUAAAAUGGGCUGCUCCAGCUUCUUUUGUAACGUCAGUUUCUGGAAUGUCUUCUGAAACUUUUCGUAAAACAAAAUCGUUUUUAAGCAUCUUCAAUUUUGAAAAAUUUCUUUGAAAAAAAAAGUUAAAUUUUGUCGUUUCCAGGGCAUCCGCAAUCGAUGCAUGCAAACGGACAUGAUUGGAAUGAAAGGUAUUUUCUAUUGAAACUUUUGUUUAAAAAAAAGACGCUCUUUGGAUAAAUACAAAUAUUUCAGGAACCAUUUGCUGCUGCAACGAUCGUCACUACUGUAACUCAGCACGGGGGAAAAUCACCGUUUUUCUUGUACUCUUCAUCAUUUUCUUCGUUUCUUGCUUCCAAGUUAUUCUCUGUGAACCUUGA